AUGUCGAGAAGUUUCCUUGUGGAUUCCCUUAUUGGGAAUAACUCACCACCAACGUAUCCACUUCCCUAUUAUGGCAACCAACUACCAAACUACAUGUUCAACUUUUUCAAUCUCGGCCUGGGAUAUCAGCCAGUGAGACCUGUACCAAGGCCACCAGCUCUACCUGUGCCGGUACCGCUGAGCCCACCAGCUGUCAUGGGGCUUCCAUUAUCUGGUCAAAGUCCACCGUCGCCUCUCAAUGCCUCGGUCACUAGAAUAUCAGAAUUACCAUCAACAAACGACUCAUCAUCUCGAAACAGCACACCCACGCCUCCACCAGCAUCUCCGAAUUCUCUGAACAACAGCUCAAAGAGGAUUCGCACAGCAUUUACGAGUACCCAGUUGCUGCAGCUUGAGCAAGAGUUUGCCAACAAUAUGUACCUUUCGCGUUUGCGGCGGAUUGAAAUAGCAACAAAAUUAAAACUAUCGGAGAAACAAGUGAAGAUUUGGUUUCAAAAUCGUCGUGUUAAGUACAAGAAGGAAGAAUUACCAACGGGACAAAGUUCCAAGUGCUGUUGUUUGAGAACUUGUGGUAAGAAGAAGGACGGCUGCAGUGAUGAAUCGAGCAAGUGUGACAAUGAGGGUACACUGAGGGAUGAGAGUGAGGAAGAGGGUAAGAGGAUUGUGGAAGAGAGGGAGGAGAUUGGUGAUAGCAAGGAGUUGGAAGUUAAGAAGGAGCUGAGAACAUCACCUGUAUUCGAGGCAGGUUAUCCGAGGCUAUCCAGCUUCUACGAUUAUCAGGGACCGGAGGAUAGAACCGAACUCUGCGAUCUCUCAUCGAGAAAACGUCGAGCUGAUCAUUUAGAGCCUUAUAUCACUCAUAUCAGUAAAAAGCCUAAUGUUAGGGGGGGCUCUUGCACCCAGCACACUGUUGAAAAUAUCGUAAACUCAUGAAUUUAUUGAUCAAAGACUGUUAACAUCGGGUUUUACAAUACUCAGUGAAACACCAGUUUUGUGUAUAUUUUUGUAUAUUAUCUGAAUGAUCGAGAAGAACUUAAAGACUGUACUUUUAGAUAUUUUUAUGACUGUAUGAGAAUUGGAGAGAUUUAGGGGACACUGAGGCAAGUGGACAGUUUUGAAUUUGAAAAAUAUACCCACAACUCAGAAAGAAAUUCCUCAGGGACAAAAGUACUUUUCGUAAGAAAUGAAUAGUGAAAAAACUGCCGCAAAUGUGCAUUUUACCACUCUCCUACGUUAUAUAAAAUGUAAAAUAUGGAGAAGUCAUUGACCAUUUAAACCAUUUGCUGCUCUCAGCAAAAAAAGAAAAUCACAAAUGAUGUAUGUAUGUU